AUGGAAUAUCUCACUAUUAAAGGUCCAGUCAUACUGUUAAAUAAUUUGAAAGAUAGAUAUGACCACCUGAAGAUGGUCGUUCUUCCACAUGCACGUUAUGAUUGGACUCAUCUAUGGCUACAAGAUUUUAAAUCUAUAAGUGAAUAUAAUUCUGCUAUGUUCAGAAUUAUUUCCCAAUUGAAAUUAUGUGGUGAUAAGAUUACUGAUCAUGAUAUGUUGGAGAAAACUUUCACCACUUUUCACGCCUCGAAUAUGCUCCAGCAGCAGCAAUAUCGAGAGAUGGGAUUUAAAACGUAUUCUGAACUUAUCUCACAUCUUCUUAUAGCCGAGCAGCAUAAUGGGAUAUUAAUGAAAAACCAUGAAAGUCGACCUACUGGUUCUUGUCCAUUCCAUGAAGUGAAUGAGACGAACUUUCACCAAGCUAGACGUGGAAGAGGUCGUGGCCCCAGUCGUGGUCAUGGCCGUGGUCGGGGAAGAAACUCUAAUCAUGGUAAUAAUAAUGCACCAAAGAACCCUCCUCGCCACUAG